AUGACGAACCGCCGCACGCUUAGCGACGGGAAGCCGCCGCCGAGGCAGUCGCUUUGGACGACAGAUUCGGUUAGCCUGCCGUGUGAGGGAGCGAUGGAGCUGCGCGAUGUGACCUUUGCGUACCCCACGUGCCCAUCUUCCAGCUCUUCAGCCCCGCCAACGUCCACCACUUCAAUCUCCUCGCUGGCCGACGUAAGUGCGCUCGCGCCUCUCCUUCGUCCGUCUCUCUUCCACCCUCCAUCUCUCCCUAAUUCCCCUGCUCCUCAGACAGCUUUCCGUUCCCCCUUACCCUCCGUUUCUGCCUCUCAUACCCCGGGCUCGCACUUAUCGCUCUCUUCCCUCCUUACCCUCCCCCUCCCUCUGCAGGGCUACGAGACGCAGGUGUGGGAUCGAGGCACGCAGUUGUCGGGGGGCAGAAAGCAGCGCGCGGCGAUCGCGCGGGCAAUUCUGCGGAAUCAGCGGGUGGUGCUGCUGGACGAGGUGACGUCGGUGUUAAACGCGGAGAUUGAGCAGGCGGUGCAGGCGGCGAUCGAUGCGCUCAUGGGCGCGCGCACCACGCUCGUCGUCGCCCACCGUCUCUCCACCGUGCGCCGCGCGCACUGCAUCGCCGUGCUGCAGCGAGGGCACGUUGUGCAGACCGGCUCGCACGAGGCUCCAUUCACCGCGGCCUUUGGCGUGUGA